AUGGCUCCUGCUUUCAUUUCUGACCCUCCUUUCUCCUCCAAGAAGAAAAGGAUUAAUGGCUCAGCUAAAUUGAAGCAAAUCAAGUUUGAUGUUAGGCGUGAACAAUGGCUUUCUAAAGUAAAAAAGGAAAGCAACACUGACUCAAAUGAAAGGGUUGACAGUUGUCCAUCAUCUAAGCACAUUGCGAGCGAGGAGAAUCAAUCACCAUACAAGAAAAACAGAAGGAAAGGUGGAGAGGAUAGUAAAUUCAUAAUAGAUAGUAAAACCGACGUGUCAAGGAAUGGUUUUACAGGUAGCAGCAACAGUAGCACGAGUACUUUUUCCUUGGGAAAUAUUAGUGAGGAAGAUGGAUGCCUUGAUGAUUGGGAGACUGUGGCAGAUGCUUUAUACACACACAAUAACAAGCAUUCCACGGUUCUAGCGUCUCCUUCACAAGAUGAAAUAAAGUCUUCUGGUAAUUCAGAAGCUGCUAGCAAUCACUCGCUAAAAGAGUUCAGAUCAGCAGUUUCUGAAUCACAUAUAAGUUGUCGAGCAUGGAAACCCGAUGAUACUCUUCGUCCGAGGUGUUUGCCCGACCUGAAAAAGCCGUAUAGUUCUCCGUUGAAUACAAAUUGGCAUGGUAGCCACAAAAUUGUACCUUGGUCAUGGCAAACAAUAAUUUCUCAACCUUGUCAAUGUCCUAUUUGUUACGAGGAUUUAGACACGACAGACGCCACAUUUCUUCCUUGUUCAUGUGGAUUUCAUCUAUGCCUGUUUUGUCACAAAAAGAUCGUCGAGGCAGACGGGCGGUGUCCGGGAUGCAGAAAGCUAUAUGAUCAUGUAGAUGAAAAUGUUGGAUUCAAUAUAGAAGCUAAUGCUUUUUAUAUAACUCAAACAUGUAGAAUGAGUACAAGGUGCUAG